AUGGCAGGGGGAAACCACAGCACAGCCCCUGGAUUCAUCCUCUUGGGAUACUCCAGUCUCACGGACCUGCAGGGUUUGCUCUUCCUGGUGAUCUACGUGGUGAUCCUGCUAGGGAACGGCGUCAUCGUCCUGGUCACGCUGCUGGACUCCGCCCUGCACACCCCCAUGUACUUCUUCCUCAGGAACCUGGCCCUGGUGGAGAUGGCCUACUCCUCCGUCACCCUGCCCAAGAUGGCGGCCAAUUGCCUGGCAGGGGACGGCAGCAUCUCAUUCGCCGGCUGUGCUGCCCAGAUGUAUUUCCUGCUUUUCUUAGGUGGCACGGAGUGUUUCCUGCUGGCGGCCAUGGCCUAUGACCGCUGCGUGGCCGUAUGCAACCCCCUGCGAUACACACUCAUCGUGAACAGGGAGGCCUGUGCUUGGCUGGUAGCCGGCUCCUGGCUUGUCAACUUCCCGGUACACAUCGGGCAGACGUAUUUGGUGUUUGCUUUGCCCUUCUGCGGGUCCCAUGAAAUUAACCAUUUCUUCUGUGACAUCCCUCCGGUGCUGGAGCUGUCCUGCGCAGACACCUACAGGAAUAAAAUAGCCGUGUGCGCAGCCCUGCUGCUACUCGUAAUCACCCCGUUUCUCUUCAUUGUUAGCUCUUACAUUAAAAUCGCCGGCGCAGUUCUGAGGAUGCCAUCGGCCCAGGGCAGACACAAGGCCUUCUCCACCUGCUCCUCACACCUCACGGUGGUGACGCUGUUCUAUGGCUCCGCCAUGGUUGCGUAUUUAAAACCGAAGACAGGGGACUCAGUGGACAUGGAUAAACUGCUCUCUCUGCUGUAUACCAUUGUGACUCCGAUAUUUAAUCCCUUCAUAUACAGUCUGAGGAACAAGGAAGUGAACGUUGCCCUGAGGAAAAUAUUGGGUGGGAAAUGA